GGCGGUGUAGUUGGCAGAGGGAACGUCGCUCACCUCAGCCCCUUCUCCCCCUCCGGCCUCGGGAACUGCUGAGCUCUGACUGCCUUUCCAGCUUGAAGUGUGUUCACGGUGUUUCAGGGAGGACGGUAGUAAAGCUGGACUGUGGGUUGUACAAUGCUUUCCAGAUUCUUGAAAAGCACACCUGAAUCAGUAUUUCAAUACUAUGUCCAGUGCAGGAUGGUGUAUGUGCAGGGGCCGACAUACACCAUCCGUAAAAGUCUGCAGAGGAGUCUGGGUACAACACCAUCCUCGUUUGCAAGAACAGAACAGGUCUUCACCAGGGCUGCUAACUUUGCUGACAGACUUGCUAUUGUGGAUGAUCAUGGACGUUACACAUACAGGGAUCUGUACAGAUGCAGCCAGGACCUUUCAAGGAAGAUUCAGAGUGCUUUGGGCUGUUCAGAUGGUGACAUCAAGGAGCAGAGAAUUUCAAUCCUGUGUCCAAAUGAUGUUUCUUUUGUCAUUGCGCAGUGGGCCUCCUGGAUGAGUGGUGGUGUGGCAGUCCCGCUCUGCAGGAAGCAUCCAGCUCCAGAGCUUGAGUAUGUUGUUCAGGACUCUCAGAGCACUUUAAUCAUUGUGGAGGAAGACUGUGUAGAACAGAUUACACCAGUUGCUAAUAAACUGCAGGUGAAAUACCUUCCAUUAUUUAAGUCCCACCGAUUUGCCACCGAUAUGCAACCAGAGCGAUGUGCUGGGGCUCCAGUGGCAGAUGCUAACUACGUUGUCACAGACUGGAAAGCCAGAGGAGCCAUGAUCUUGUACACCAGUGGAACAACGGGAUGGCCCAAGGGAGUCCUUACCACGCAUGGCAUCCUGCGGAGUCAGAUAACCUCCCUGGUGAAGCAGUGGGAGUGGAGCAAAGACGACGUAAUCCUGCAUGUACUACCCCUACACCACCUGCAUGGAAUCCUCAAUAAACUGCUGUGCCCACUCUGGGUUGGUGCCACCUGUGUGAUGCUGCCAGAAUUCAAUGCUCAGCGGGUUUGGGAGUACCUGCUGAAAACCAAUGGUACAGGAGCUCCACGUAUCAAUGUGUUCAUGGCAGUGCCCACUGUAUAUGCCAGACUCAUUGAAUACCACACCAAGAACUUCACUCAAAGCCACGUGAAGGAUUUCAUCCACAGCAUAUGCCAGAGCAACAUCAGAUUAAUGGUGUCAGGAUCUGCUGCUCUACCUCAGCCCAUCUUGGAGAAAUGGAAAGAAAUCAGUGGCCACACAUUACUGGAGCGGUAUGGGAUGACGGAGAUAGGAAUGGCUCUGUCAAACCCGCUGCAUGGGGUCCGUGUGCCAGGGGCUGUUGGGAACCCACUUCCAGGAGUGGAGGUGCGAAUUGCAAUAGAAAACUCCACAAGGAACCAUUCCUCUUACACUGUCAUUGCUGAGGGUGACAGUAGAGGGACUGAGGUGAGACCUGGAUUGGAAGGCAAAAACGGAGAGCUGCUGGUUAAAGGACCAUCAGUGUUCCAAGAAUAUUGGAACAAGACAAAAGAAACAGCGGAAUCAUUUACAUCAGAUGGCUGGUUCAAGACAGGAGACACGGUGUGUUACAGAGAUGGUGUUUACUGGAUCCUGGGUCGAACCUCUGUGGACAUCAUAAAGUGUGGAGGAUACAAGAUCAGUGCACUGGAUAUUGAACGCCAUCUGUUGGGGCAUCCUCAUAUUGCAGAUGUUGCAGUCAUUGGUGCCUCUGACAUGACGUGGGGGCAGAAGGUGGUGGCUAUUGUCCAGUUAAACCAAGGCUGUGCACUGUCCCUGAAGGAGUUAAGAGAAUGGGCCCGGGAUCGCAUGGCCACAUACAGCGUCCCAUCAGAACUCAUCCUCGUGGAGCAGAUUCCUCGCAACCACAUGGGAAAAGUAAACAAGAAAGACCUGCUGAAGCGGUUCUUCCCCCCAUCCAGCAGGCAGUAGGACCAUCCGACACAGCACUGGGCUCCUGUGUUCCUGUUCUCACAGCUUGCUGAAGGCAGCAAGUCCACUCAGAUCCACACGUACACUGAACCUUCCAAUCAUAGUGGACCAGGGUCAGUCACAGGGUUAGAAGGUUCAUCCUCUGGAGGAGGACAAGUGAUUGGACUGCCCGUGUCUGCUGUUGGAGACAGUGUUUGCUGUUGUGUGGCGCAGGGAGUGGCGUUGGACACCAGGGCUGAUUGUAUCCAAGGAUCAGGACAAGGGACUUGUCAGUAAAAGACCUAUCUGAACCUUCA